CUGCCGUCCUGUGUUUACUCUAUAUUCGUACUUUCACAAAUGUUGCACAGCUGCAGCAAUGUCGGGAGCAUGGGUGCAGUACCGGAAGCCGACAACAAUACUCCAGCGCAGCCAGCCGCGCCUGUACACCCGUUCUUUAUGUCGCGGUCGGCAAAGCGCACACAGACACAGACAGCCACUGGUGAUGCAACGGCCAAACGGUCCAAACCGGUGGUGGUAGAAAAGCGCGGCCGUAAGCCGAACUCCCUUGCGCAGCCAAAGCCCGGAAAGAAGAAGCAGCAGACGCUGCUUGGAUUAAAGCCCGCAGCCAAGGAUACGGCGCCUGAGCAGCAGAUCGACAAGGCAGGAACAGACACCAGCAACGACGAUGGGCCAGCGAGUGUGCCUGCUGUCGAACCCAAGCCGUUUGCCAGCAUCAACUCCGAAGCCGACUUGCGCAAACUGGAUCGAAUGGCCGCAAGGGCCCAGGGUACUCCAGCACCCUAUCCAACAGUGGAGUCCUCGCAUGUACCCACUCCAAAGUUCCUGCCAUAUAUAGCAAAUCAUGCAGUCAGGGUUCCUGAUGCCACAGCACGGGGAAUCCAGUCUGCAGAACCUCUGCCAGAUUCGGCAUGGCGCUCACUGGUCGGUUCGUUGCUUAGCCCGCAUGCUGCUCGCCAAGUGCACAAUCCUCUGCAUAUCCCCGUACGCGCGACAUUCGGUAUUGCACUCCCAAAGCUACCAGCGCACGCGCUUCAUUGUGCGCCACUGCUCCGUGCGCUUGUAAACGAAUCCGUCAGCAAUCCCGCCGUGCAGCUGCUUGCAUCGCGCUACCACCCGCGCAAGGCACGUGAGGUCCUAGGCAACAAUCGCGCUGUCGGCCUGCUCCAUUCCUGGAUUGACAGUAUGCGGCUGAAGCACUCGUCGGCAAAUGCAGCAGACGUGGGUAAGCAAUCUGCUGGCAGAUUAGCGAGUGUACGCGGCAGACACGCACGUCCUUCACGGACCCGCCGCCGAAUUCUCGAUACCGACGAUAGCGACAGUCUCUUAGACGGCAGCAAUGACGGGUUUGAUGAUGACGACGACGAUGAUGAUUUUAUGCCGACGCCAAAGCCCCGGCGCCGUGGCCGUGCAGCUGGAAACGACAAGGAGCUGAACGACAUUCUGGCAUGGGCAAACAGCGAUGGUACGCUGAGCAGUGUGCGCGAGAAACGACGCGCUGUUUGGCGCAGCGGCAGCGAUACGGAGCCCGAGACGUUCUCCAACAUCAUCCUGCUGGAAGGCCCCUCGGGGUCAUGCAAGACCGCCGCUGUCUACGCAUGCGCUGACGACCUCGGCUUCCAGGUGCAUGAGAUCCACCCUGGCCAGAAACGCAGUGGCAAAGAUAUUCUUUCUGCCCUUGAGGAUCUGAUUCAGAGCCACACAAUUUCAGCGCCCUCGAAUCUGCCGUAUUACAGCCAGCCCGGCGCUUCAAGCGCUGGCAGCAAUACCAUGUCGACGGAGAACCAGAUGCUGAUCUUGAUUGAGCAGGUUGAUGUGCUGUUUGAGCAGGACCAGCGCAUGUGGCCGGCACUGAAGCAGCUGGCGCAUAAGAGCCGUCGGCCUAUCGUGCUCACCUGCACGGACACGUCGUGUGUGCGAUGGGGUGCAAGCAACUUCCACUCGGUGCUCAGCUUCCGUAGACCCACAGAAGACAUCUUGGUGCCGUACUGCUUCCUGUUGUGUCUCAUCGAAGGCGCACUGGUCUCGCCCGCCGAGCUAUCUCAAGUGUGCCGCGAGUCCGAGUGCAAUAUCAACCGGAUGCUCAGCGUAUUGGAGCUGGCGAUAUGCGAAGCCAGAUCAAGGCAAAAUCUGGAAGAGAAUUCGCCACCCAGGGACAUCGAUCUUAGCGGCACCCUCGCUUGGCUGUUUCGGCCAUUAGAAGCCGGCGAGACAUCGAGCACCUGCUACAACUUUUGGCGGGAGCUGGUUGUUUCGGCCCAGCCGGCGACACCAGAGUGGUUUCGCUUGUGGCCGGAUCUGCCACCAGACCCAGUCAGAGUCGACUAUGACACAGGCAGUGAGAGCCGUCCACCGCAGAGACUUGGGUCGCUGUUCAAGAGACCCCUGUCUGCACAUCAGAACACAUUCUUCUCAAAGCCAGCUCCGACGAUAGAGCCGCACGCUGACAAAUGCCCGAAUCCGACGCUUGUUUGCCGCACUGUCAUCCCAGUCUCCCUGCACAUCACGCCGAAUAUACCGGCAGACCAGCCAGAGUCUGACGACUCUACGCCGCCGACAAACCAGGACCCGAGUGCGGAGCAGGCCCAGCUGGAUCGCCUUGCCGACUCGCUCGAUAUGCUCUCGCUAGCCAGCGCGACAGUUGGGAUGACCCAGACCGACCACGAGCUGCAAUUAGAGCAGACGUUUGGGGCCGCAAACCCAAUGCUCGACGAAUGCCUGGGUGUCUACUAUGUUAAGCUCGACUCGGAUGUGCUCUCUCGUCAAUCGCCAGCAUGUCUCCUCGAUAGCCCCACUGAUGAGUGCUGCGCUGGCGAGAACGCAAUCUACCGCUGGCUAACAUCGGCAGAAGUGAAGAGAAGCGGAAUUACAGAUGUUUCACAGAGCAUGUCUCCAAACAGCUUCCGCUCAGAGCUCACGGCACACGACCACAAGCGCAGUGGCGUGCUACAGGAUCUGUGCUGUGCCCUAGACCUUAUCGGGCAUCGGCGUGAGCGCACUCCAUCUAUGUCGCUGCAGGACACAGCAGCGUAUCUUGCAUAUAUGGUCACAUGGGACAGCGUCCACCAAGGCAAGAUUGAGGCACCUGCCAGAGCACAGACGACAUAUGCGCCGUUUGGCGAAGAGGCGCUCUCCCGCAUCGGCAUCCGGCGAACCCGCAUGAAUACCUACCGCGCACACAUCAAGCGGGUCCCGGCACCCAUGCAAACGCUCCUCAUCAACUGGGCGACAUUUCCCUCACCAACAUAAAAAGGUAGCGCUGUGAAUUGGGAUCUAGGAAAAUAAAAAAGAACAUAACC